GGCCGACCGCGGCGAGACAAGCGUCCGGCUGUCCGGCUCCGCUUCCUCCCUCCCCGGGUCCAGGGCACCCAGCCGAGUGCAUAUGGGGGGAGGCGUGGAGGCUCAAACUCGGGCAAACAAGUAAAUUCAGGGCAUGUCUCUCCCUCUCUCCGGUGUAAACUCGGGGCUCUAGACACACCCAUUACCCUUCACCCCAAGAAAAGCCUGGGAAAGGGAGGCAGGGAGAGAAGCAGCGUCUGAGAGCAGCCACGGUCGCGGGCCCCCGUGCACGGUCACCAGCGAGGGGAGGGCGGGGGCGCAUCUCUGGGUGCGAGGGAGUUAAGCCUGGUGGCCUCGAUGCUCCACGUAGGAGCUGGCUCGGGUCGCCCGCUGCGGUCAGGGCCACUGUAUAAAUAGGGCGGGAGACCCGAGCGCCGAGGACUUGCCGCUGCCCCCGCCCCCCCGCCGUCGCCGCCGCUGCCCCAGCCGCGGCCCCAGGCGUCCCGGCCAUGGCCCGCCCGAUGCUCUUGCUCAGCCUCGGCCUCCUGGCCGGUCUGCUGCCGGCGCUGGCCGCCUGCCCCCAGAACUGCCACUGCCACAGCGACCUGCAGCACGUCAUCUGCGACAAGGUGGGGCUGCAGAAGAUCCCCAAGGUGUCCGAGAAGACCAAGCUGCUCAACCUACAGCGCAACAACUUCCCGGUGCUGGCGGCCAACUCGUUCCGGGCCAUGCCCAACCUCGUGUCGCUGCACCUGCAGCACUGCCAGAUCCGCGAGGUGGCCGCCGGAGCCUUCCGCGGCCUCAAGCAGCUCAUCUACCUGUACCUGUCCCACAACGACAUCCGCGUACUGCGCGCUGGCGCCUUCGACGACCUGACCGAGCUCACCUACCUCUACCUAGACCACAACAAGGUGACGGAGCUGCCCCGGGGGCUGCUCUCCCCGCUGGUUAACCUCUUCAUCUUGCAACUCAAUAACAACAAGAUCCGUGAGCUGCGCGCAGGCGCCUUCCAGGGCGCCAAGGACCUGCGCUGGCUCUACUUGUCCGAAAACACGCUCAGUUCCCUGCAGCCCGGUGCCCUGGACGACGUGGAGAACCUCGCCAAGUUCCACCUGGACAGGAACCAGCUGUCCAGCUACCCCUCCGCGGCUCUGAGCAAGCUGCGGGUGGUGGAGGAACUGAAGUUGUCUCACAACCCUCUGAAAAGCAUCCCGGACAAUGCCUUCCAAUCCUUCGGAAGAUACCUGGAGACCCUCUGGCUGGACAACACCAACCUGGAAAAGUUCUCCGACAAUGCCUUCCUGGGUGUGACCAUGCUGAAACACGUCCAUCUGGAGAACAACCGGCUGAACCAGUUGCCCUCCAACUUCCCCUUUGACAACCUGGAGACCCUCACCCUCACCAACAACUCCUGGAAGUGCACCUGCCAGCUCCGGAGCCUUCGGCGGUGGCUGGAAGCCAAAGCCUCCCGCCCAGAUGCCAUCUGCACCUCGCCUGCCAAGUUCAGGGGCCAGCACAUCCGUGACACAGAAGCCUUCCGCAGCUGCAAGUUCCCCACCAAGAGAUCCAAGAAAGCUGGCCGCCAUUGAACAGGUCCUGACCCAGCCGGUCCUGGUGACUGGCCUUUGCCUUCUGCCGGAGAGACUACUGACCUUCCUGCCUCCACCCCCACCUUCUCCCCACAGCCUCUGCUGAUGCACAGAGUUGCCCACCCCUAGAUACGUCCUGGCAGGGGGCCUCGAGCACUCCACUACCAACCCAGCUCCACCUGAUGGUGUCCAGGGGGGGACACAGAGCCCCAUCCCAGCCAGCGUGCCUGGGCUCCCCCACCACAGUUCUUCUCAGAGAAGCUGUUGCUGAGACUCCCAAGUCCAUCAGAACCAGACCAGUCCAACAGGAUGGCCACCCUUCCAGAACCAUCCGUCCUCUGCUCCUCUUUCCCUGCCAUUUGGAAGCAAACAUCAGACCCUUGCCCUGCCCUUGCUUCCAGAAAGGGUCUUAAGCCCAAACCCCAGUUCUGCCAGCUCCGCACCAGGACGUUCUAGCAGGACACCUGUGCUUUGCUGCACGUCCCCCAUGCUGCAUUUAUCCCAGAUUUCUAUAAAUAUAAAUUUAUGGAUGUAUAAUACUUA